UUAGUAUGAAAUGUACGAUAAUACAGUUUUUGUUAGCUACGCGAAUGCAGUUUUCACUGAGAUAAGGAACACACCUUUGGAAUCACUUAACACACCGUCGUUUCGAUCAGGUCUUCUUGAGGCUUUGGAAGCUGCGGAAUCAAGUACUGACGACUCUGGAAGCCAUUCACAUGAGUUACGGCCAAUAGUGGAGUCGUAUAAUGUCCACUUUCUCCCACUUGACCCUGUAUCCUUAAGGUCAACCCAGGCGUCUGUCUACACAUUCGAUGGAUUCCCUGGACUAUAUCUAGUUCGUGAUUUCUUCACCAAAGAGCAAUGUGACGCUCUGUUGCUCGAGACUCUGGUUGACUACAUCAACCCUCCUAAUAACAGUAACCUAUACCAGAAUGACCCGAAUGUGGCCACUCCAUUUUGGCCUUCUCCGGUGUUUAGUAAACUCAGAUGGGCUACCAUCGGUCACAUGUAUGAUUGGGGAACAAGGACUUACAAGGGGUAUACCAAGUUUCCUGGACUUUUAGUAGAUGUGACACGUGACCUUCUAUCGCAUUUUAAUGAGGACUACAUUCCGGAUGCCGCGAUAAUAAACUUUUACAGCAAGGCCUACUUUUUACGAUUACACAAGGAUGACGCUGAGGAGACUGAUGACUCUGUAUUGAACAUAAGUUUGGGUGCCCCUGCGAUAUUCAUGUUAGGUGGUACUGACCACAGCACCAUACCCGUAUCAUUUGUAGUUGAAUCGGGUUCUGUAGUCCUCAUGGCAGAUAAAUCUAGGUUUUGUCUACAUGGUAUUGUCAAGUUGUUGAGUUAUAACAAGCCUGGAUACCAGCCUAGUGGCGGUUUACCUAUAAAUCUGCAUGAUCCUUUGUACGGUCGCCCGCAAUUGCUGAAGUUAAUACCACAAUGCGGUGCGCAUGUGUUUUCAAAUAUAGUCCGCGACACGGCUGCGAUAACUAGGAUCCGCGAAAUAUCGAACGACCUUCGCGUAUCCAUCAGCAUACGUCGUGCCAAGCGUUGAUGC